AUUCCUUAGCUUCUCAUUUCCGAUCACAAAGUCUAAACCAGAAAACAUGGUGAAUAUGAAUCUGCCGAUGAAGAGAGGGAGAGAGUUUGAUAGCAUCACGGCGGCCAUGGCGAAUUGCUUGAUGCUUCUCUCCCGGCAGCACGCGGCGGCGGCGGCGGCGGGGGAUUUCUCGUCGGCGCCGGCGCCGGCGGUUGCCGGAGGUCGAGUUUUCGAGUGCAAGACGUGUAACCGGCAGUUCCCGUCGUUUCAGGCGCUCGGCGGCCACCGAGCCAGCCACAAACGGCCGCGGCUGAUGGGGGAUUUGAGCUUGCAGCCGCCGGCGUCGCCGCCCAAACCGAAAACCCACGAGUGCUCCAUUUGCGGCGUGGAGUUUGCCUUAGGGCAGGCGCUCGGCGGGCACAUGAGACGGCACAGAGCUGUUAUGAAUAAUAAUAAUGAUAGCCAUUCUUCCGGCCACGGUGACGCCCCGGCGGCGGCGGAGAGCGGCGGCCGGAGGGCUCUGUGCUUGGAUUUGAACUUGACGCCGUUGGAAAAUGACUUGGAGUUCACGUUUGGGAAGGUGGCCGCUCAUCAUCAUGUGGUUGACUGCUCCUUGUAGUGAUUUAAUUGCAAUUUUAAUAUUCAUACAUGGCUUCUUUUCAUAAUUUUUUUUUAUUUAAUUUGUUUAUAGGAGAUAGAUAAAUAGGAAUGGAUUUAUAUAUAUAUAUAUAUAUGAUUGAAAGUCUAUUAGUGUUCUUCUAUUUUUAUUUUCUGGUGGGGUUAAUUAUGGAUGUAAAUUUUAAGAUACUGAAACUAGUUGAAUAAUAAAUGGAUAUAUUGUAUUAGUGUAA